AUGACAGUAAUAGCAAUAGACAGAUAUCAGGCCAUAAUUAAUCCAUUACACCGACGACUGUCUACUUCUGUGCCAAUCAUUGUUAUUAUAGCAAUCAUUUGGUUAACGGCUCUAAUAUUUUCGAUACCAAACGUAGCAUUCAAUGAAGUGGUAGUAAUGAAAGUUCAUCGGGAGCUGUAUCGGUGUCGGGCAGUGUUUCCAAAUCAUAGGACUUUCUACCGACAAGUCAUCACAAUGUUUACAUUUCUCACUCAAUAUGUGGUGCCGUUGUCUAUAACGGCUUUUGCAUACAUUAUAAUCUCAUUUAACAUUUGGUUCAAACUUUUGUCGACCGAUACUGACCAACAAAAAACCCGCGAACGCUCCCGUCGGCGAACAAUCAAAAUGUUGGCCAUCGUUGUACUCGUAUUUGCCAUUUGUUGGCUCCCAUUGAAUAUACAUCACAUAUACUCUGAUUUUAUCAAUACUAAUGUUACAGAUAUUAAUUGGUUUCUUGUUUGCCAUUGGUUUGCAAUGAGUUCCGUUUGUUACAACCCGUGGAUCUACUUUUGCCUUAACAAACACUUUCGUCAAGAGAUCAAAAAUAUUGUCCGUUGCACAGGUAUGUGGUGUUGGAACGGGUCAUUCAUAGAGGUUUCAUCGUCCAGUUCCAGCCAAAGGGCUAAUAAACCAAACCUUCAGCGCACUAAUGCCCUCCGAUUGAUCACAACUAACGGUGUACUUAAACAGUCGGACGCUAUGGUUAUCAAUGAUAACAACUCUAUGAUUGUCAACAAUAACAAAGUUUCUCAACUCAUGAUCGAAGAGUCUAUAAUUUGA